UGUGUGCAGGGCCGAUGACGUGGAGUUGCUGUAAUAGCUCGCAGGCUGUUAGCUACAGGCUAAUGCUAGCCUGUCAGACGAUAGGAGCAUCAGGGUAAACUGAAGCACUUUGGGGAAUAAUAACAACUUGAUCAACCUUGGCAAGUCUGUGCGCCGAAAAAAGGAGUUCACCACUGACUGUGCAUAUAAAAUACUACAGACUGAGCAGUUGUAUCCAAGUGUUUUAUGAUGUAGCAGCAUGGCACCACCCUACACUCCACCUACUCCUUCGUCGUCGUGUCUCCCCCUGAAUCCCAGACGGCACACCGCCCCUCACUGAUCCACCGCUCCCCCGCUGCGUUCCAGACUCGUCUGCAGAGAGACGAAGAAGAGAUGUUCGCUAAACUGAAGAAGAAGAUCGCAGAGGAGGCGGCCACGGCCCCUCGGACCGGUGCCCGCAUCCCGCGCUCCGCCAGCAAGGAGUCCAUCACCUCAGGGGGCGCUGACUCCGGAGACGACUUUGCGUCUGACGGGAGCAGCUCCAGGGACGACCUCUCCUCGCAGGUCCUCCGGAGGAACGACCAGGUCCGCAGGCUGGAGGCCAAGCUCACCGACUACGCUGAGCAGCUGAGAAUAUUGCAGAAGACCAAGGAAAAGGUUGAGUUUGCGUUAGAAAAGCAUCAGGAUUCUUCAAUGAGGAAGCUGCAGGAGCAGAACGAGUCCAACCAGGCUGGUAGAGCCAAGAUGGCUGAGGGUCUGACUCUGGCCCUGGAGAAGAGGGACCAGGAAUGGAUGGAGAAAAUGGGGGUUCUUGAGAAGGAGAAGGAGGUGCUAAGAAUGCAGGUGGAGGAGCUGACGGAGAAGAGCCUCACUUUGUUCCAGAAGAGGGAUGACCGUGACGAGCUUGAGACCUUCCAACAGCAGGAGCUGGCCAAAGUCAAACACAUGUUGCUGAGGAAGGAGGAGCAGCUGAGCCAGCGGGAGAAGGAGCUGGAGGGGAAGGAGGUGCAGCUGCAGGCGGCCCGGCGGUCGCUGGCGGAGGCCCAGGGACGACUGCUCCUCCUGGGCCAGGAGCACCAGGAGAUCAGCCAGCUGAACACAGAGCUGGAGAUAGAGAGGGAGGAGCUGCUGGUGUCCCGGGACGAGGCGGAGAGCAAGGUCAGGGAGGCGGAGCAGAGGAGCAGGUUGGUGGAGCAUAGGGGCAGGGAGCUGCAGGCGGUCAUCCAGCAGGUCUCUGAGGACUUCCAGAAGUCCCAGGCCUUGGUUUCUUGUCUGGAGCGGUCUCUCUACUCCUUGCAGACAGAACACAACAACCUCAAGUUACAGCAGCACAAGGCGGAGGUGGUGGAGGAAGACCAUGCCUCCACCCUAUCAGAGCUCCAGGCCAAGGUGGUCAGUCUAGAGAGAAGGCUGCAGCAGGAAUUCAGCCUGGACCAGCACCUCCAGGGGCUGAUGGAGGAGAAGCGGGAGGUGGAGCAGAGACUGGAGAAGGCAAGGGAGGACCUGUUGGAGGCCAGGACAAGCCAUGCGGACACUGUCAGCUCCCUGGAAGCACAGGUGAGCAUGGCCAGUGGCACGGUGGGCGAGCUGCAGACCCUCAUCCGACACAAGGAAGACUCGUCCAAGUCCUACCGAGAGAGAACCGACGCUCAGAUCACAGCCCUCGAGCAGCAGGUGGUGGAGGCAAGAGGGAAGGUCCAGAGAGCUGAGCGGGAGAUCACUGAGCUGCAGGACGAGCUGAGCACAAUGCAAACAGGUUGGUUAUCCGAGAAAGCAUCGCUGGACCAGCAGUUGGUGGUAGAGAAGCAGCUCAGAGAGGACACCAAUGAUAGACUAGAGCAGGAGAAGGCCAUCGUCAAAUCAGAGAGCCAGACCAUGCAGGAGGCUCUAUGCCUCAGGAUGAGGGAGGUGGAGGAGGACAAGAGGUGUAUGGAGGAGGAGAAGCGGAGUCUCGAGGAGGCGAGGAGGGGUAUGGAGGAGGAGAGGGACAAGGCCUUCACCUCCCUCCAGGCCCGGGCAGAGGAGCUGACUGCAGCCAGGGCGGAGCUGGUCAGCCGUCAGACAGUGAGUGUGGAGAUAGCCAUGGCUCUUGAGGACAGCAGGAGGCAGAAGGAGGAGCUUCAAGCACAGGUGGGAGACCUGCUGAAGUCCCAUGAUGAAGUGCAACAGAAAGUGACCGGUCUCACUAAUCAGCUGGCCAAGAGAGAGGAGCAGAUUACUAUGCUCAAGAAUGACCUCGAGGCAUCCAGGGGAGGUGUUGUGGAGCUCCAGGCCCAGGUCCAGGCCCAGCUGGAGGGCCAGCGAGCCCAAGCUAAGCAGCAGGAGGCGGAGAAGGACCAGCAGCUGGCCUGCCUCCGGGAGGACGCCGUCAGCCAAUUACAGCUGUUGGACUCCUGCCAAUCACGGAUCUCCUUCCUGGAAGUGGAGGUGGAGACCCUGACGGAGCAGCUCCAGCCCCCGGAUACCUGCGUCCCGCCGGAGCUAAACGGGGCGGUGACGGUAGAUGACCUCGACCUGCUCCAGAAGACCAACCGAGACCUGGAGCAGCAGCUGGCCGACAAGAACCGGACCAUCAAGCAGCUGCAGCAGAGGUUAGCUGAGCUGAAGAGAACCUUCCAGAAGGAGCUGAAGCUGAAGCCAGACCUGGAGCCCCAGGGGAGAGUGGAGAGGGCAGCAGAGGACCGGGGAGAGAGGCAGGACCAACGGCCCAGCAGUGAUCCUCUAGCAACCACCUGCACCUCCUUCACCACCUCCUCCCCUGCCCCUCCUCCAGGCCCCGCCCCCUUACCUGGCCUGGCCACGCCCCGCCGCCCUACCUCCACCUGCACCGUCACCGUCACCAACACCUCCGACCUCAACGACUCACGGGAGAUCAACUUUGAGUACCUGAAACAUGUGGUGCUCAAGUUCAUGUCGUGCCGCGAGGCUGAGGCCUUCCAUCUGAUCCGAGCCGUCUCCGUUCUGCUCAACUUCACGCGAGAGGAGGAGGACUUGUUGAAGAAGACACUAGAGUACAAGAUGUCCUGGUUUGGAUCCAAGCCCUCUCCUAAAGGGAGCAUCCGACCUUCUAUCUCUGGAGCUGCUGCACAAUGGAGCUGAUGAAGAGAACCUGGACACCACCAUGAUGACUGAGCUUUAAUCUGUUUCCAACUCUGCUUUCAAAUGUUCCUUUACUUUUUCUGCUUUUUUAUAUCAAGAUAAUGGAGCUUUUUUGGAGUUUCUUCAGAGUGAUCAGGAGACAAACAGAACUAUUUAUUAUCUCUUGUGAAGCUUUGGAUUGUUUUUUACUUUCAGGUGACGAGUGGACAAGGGCAUCUAUGGAAGAAUGAUUGGGAACCAGGUUUAGGAAAGGGGUUUGAUAUUAGGACCUAGUUACAGGGCCAGAGAGACAAGGAGGUGUGUCUUGCUGGGCCGAGGGGAGGGGCUUCCAGGGACAGGUGUUAGAUACAGGGCUUACCAGGCGUUUGCUCUAAACUCUGGGGGUUAGGGCUGGGCACUGGGUUCCAUCCAGAAUCAAAACAUGACACUUACUGGGCCUUCCAACCCCCUCCAAACCUGUUGUCUGUACAAAGCUGACAAGGUCCGCUUGAAGACUCAUCCUGCAGGGCUUCCAGGGCCUACACGACUCAGACCUGUGGGAACUGGUGGUUACCGGUUGGUGGUGCUGGUGAAUGAAGGGUAAAGGUUGAUCAGAGGACAUGCACAUACCUUGACCUGCCUUGUGUCGCUGUAGAGGAACUGACAUUCCACAUAUUAUAUACAUUAGGUAUGAUAUUUAUACAUAUGGAAAUGUUAAUUUGCAUUCAGAACUUUAUAAGUGAGGAGUGGACACGAUAUGAUCGCCUCAGUAUUUAUAGUCCUGUUACCACAGUGCUAUGAUGUUUGUACUGUAUUACAAUGCUGUGAUCUGUGUACCAGAGUGAUGUUGUUUUGAUGAAAGCGCCACAAUAUCUGCAUGCCUCCUGAUGGCGCUCCUAAGGGGUGGGUGUGUCUCUCUCUCUCUCUCUCUCUCUCUCUCUCUCUCUCUCUCUCUCUCUCUCUCUCUCUCUCUCUCUCUCUCUCUCUCUCUCUCUCUCUCUCUCUCUCUCUCUCUCUCUGGGAUAGAACCAGCUCUCUUCUCAAAGAUAUAAAAAAUAAAAAAAACUUUAUGCAAAAAAUGAUAUGUACAGUGGUUCAGCAUGCUUGCAAUAGGAUUGAAGCGGUAGGUUUUCAAUCGACCGAGAUAUCGAUGAAGGGGGAUGUAGAGUCUUUACAUAUGAAACGGUAAAAUAAAAGUUUAAGCUAGAAAUGGCUGGUAUUUCACCCAAGGAUUUACAUACUGUCAACAAACAAGAGUGAUGCACUUCUGUGACUUGCUUUCACUGUCUUCUGUGUGUUGGAAUCUCAGCAAAUACUGUACAAUCACUACAGAUUUUCAUGUUUCAAUUUAACAAUAUCUGUCAGCACAAUCUUUCUCAUUUAUUAAUAAAAGAUGUAUGAGUUUU